CUCGAUUCAUUGUCAUCCCUACUUUCAGGAAUGUGGGAGUAGUACGGAGGAAAACGAGUGAGUUUUGGGAUUUGAUCUUUCAUUUUACGUGUCCACUUCUCUUACACACAUACUACACAUUCAGGGGAAGCAAGUUGCUAAAUAUCGUUGCUUCAUUCUGGAUUAAUGGAUGGAUGAACAAGACCUGCAACUUGGGCAGCUGCUAAUUGCCCGAAGGAGAUAGUAGCAUCUACUUCAGUUAUGUUUCUUCCCCUCACUUCUUCUAAUCCCAAUAUGGGGAUGGUGAUUCAGCUUGAGCACUGCAGUGGAAUGUACCAGCAGCACCCCAGGCUCACAAACCCUUUGGUUCGAAGAACUCAUAGGCGUAAGCUUCUGGUCGCACAAGCUGUUCCUUCUAGAACCCAGAGGAUAAUGGAGAGCAUAUCAGUGACUAGUGAAGUUGGUGGUGCUGGUGGAGCUUACUCAUAUAAUGCUCUAAAGAGGUUGGAUCAAAUUUGGUCUAAUAUAUGCUCAACUCAAACAGUAUCUCAAGAACCUCAGAAGGUAGUUGUGGCCAAUCCUGGUUUGUCGAGUGAUUCUGAUCUUGCCGGGAAGGAAGUGGAGAAAUUUGAUGUGCUAGUUUGUGGGGGAACUCUGGGGAUCUUCAUAGCCACGGCUUUGAGUGCUAAAGGUCUUAGAGUUGGCAUUGUGGAAAGAAAUGCGCUACAAGGGAGAGAACAAGAAUGGAAUAUCUCGAGGAAAGAGCUCUUGGAGCUUGUGGAAGUUGGAGUUUUGACAUAUGAGGACAUUGAACGAGCUACAUCUUCAAAAUUUAAUCCUAACAGAUGUGGAUUUGAGGAUAAGGGUGAAAUAUGGGUUCAAGACAUUCUUAACCUCGGCGUUUCACCUGCAAAACUCAUUGACAUAGUGAAGAGCCGUUUUACCUCACUUGGUGGAGUCAUCUUUGAAAGCUGCGCAGUUUCAAGCAUAAGAGUAUUUGAAGAUAUAGCAACUUUGCAGCUUGCAGGGGGUAAAAUCUUGUCAUGCCAACUCGUACUUGAUGCAAUGGGGAACUUUUCACCUGUGGUUAAACAGAUAAGAAGUGGAAGGAAGCCUGAUGGUGUCUGUCUUGUUGUUGGAACUUGUGCUCAUGGGUUUAGAGAAAAUUCCUCGAGCGAUGUUAUCUAUAGCAGCUCAUCUGUUGAAAAGAUAGGAGAUUCAGAAGUUCAUCUAUUUUGGGAGGCAUUUCCAGCAGGUUCUGGUCCUUUGGACCGUACCACUUAUAUGUUCACUUAUGUUCAACCACGACCAGGAUCACCAAAACUCGAGGAACUGCUAGAAAGUUAUUGGGACUUGAUGCCAAAAUAUCAGGAAAUCUCCUUGGAAAACGUAGAGAUUCAAAGAGUCAUAUAUGGCAUCUUUCCUACAUACCGAGAUAGUCCACUACCAGCUGCAUUUGACCGCAUCCUACAGUUUGGAGAUGCUAGUGGCAUACAGUCACCUGUUUCGUUCGGUGGUUUUGGAAGCUUAACAAGGCACCUUGGAAGACUUUCAUCUGGAAUAUAUGAAGCAAUCAAUGGAGACUUCUUUGAUGCAGAGAGCUUGUCGCUGCUAAAUCCUUAUAUGCCAAAUUUAAGUGCUUCAUGGUUAUUCCAAAGAGCAAUGUCAGCCAAGCAAAACUCAAAUGUUUAUCCAGAAUUUGUCAACGACCUUCUUCAUGUCAAUUUCCAGAGCAUGCAGAAGCUUGGAGAUCCAGUUCUAAGACCAUUUCUUCAGGACGUUAUACAGUUUGGCGCUCUUACUAAGACAUUAGGGCUUGUUAUGUUAAACAAACCUCAAAUCAUCCCAUCAAUAUUCAAACAGGUUGGAGUGCCUGUGCUUCUGGAUUGGUCUGGCCAUUUUAUCAUGCUUGGUCUUUACACUUUCCUCUCCACCUUUGCUGACCCUGCUAUCAGGCCAUUAUUGAACUCGUCUUCAUCCAAGACCAAGUACGUAUGGAACCGGCGCCUGGAUGCUUGGAAAUAUGGUUCUGGUUUAGAUUACAAGCUCUGAGUUGUCAGAAGAGCCAUGCAUAGCAUUGGACCAUGUAAAACAUUACAUAACCUGAAGAGCCUAUUUAUAACUCGUUGGACAAACAAAUUGUUCUUACUUCUUUCAGAACUCUGAAUGACGGUGAUCUCAUCAUUUACCGUCUUGUUUACAAUGAAAAUACAACUGAUAGAUAGAACAUCAAGAAACAUUGCAGUUACGG